UCAGCGCAAUGCAAAUUGACAACUUAAAAUCAACAUUGAUUUCUUAUCGAUAAAUAUGCUCAGAUUGCUGAAAUCGAGAUCAGUCGAACCCCAUUAGGUCAAGAUGAGGUUCUUCCAAACCUGGAUCUUCUGCUUCGUUGGUCUUUUUACCUUGUCUUUUUCGAAGCAAUUCGACAAUGGAAAUGUGGUUGUGGAGAAGCCCGGUUCCGUGGAAAUUGGGUCAUCUACAACAUUUACAUGCACCUUGUCUCGAUUAGAGCAAGAGGUAACGGAGUGCUUUAUCGAAACCCCUCGAAACGAAGUGUGGAUGGUAAUUGACGGCCAAGUACUGGAUGAUCAAUCCAACGUCGUUCAAGGGGUAAAUGGACAAGAUAAUGGAGAUCCUUUGCGAACUUGUGGUAUAUCAAUUGACGUUGUUCAAUCCGCAGAUCUGGGCCAAUGGAAAUGCAGCAUCCAAAGAAGUGGAUCAAAAAUCAAAACCCUGAAGGCCGUUGUGGAACUCAAGGAAGAGGGCACAAAGCUAACAGGAUACCGCCUACCCACACAUUUGACUCCAGAGUUGUACAAAUUGGAUCUGAUUCCAAUCAUGGAACCCGAAUUUUUGACCCGAGGCUAUUUUGAAAUGGAUGGUCGGGUUAUUAUCGACCAGCUAGAUGGGCACAUCUUUCUCAAUGUUUUUAACACGGAAAUGCUUGAGGAGAGUUUGAUCAUCACUUUGGGCGCACAAACAUCCAUCACGAUGGAAAUCUUGGAGAUCCAUUACGAUUUGCAAAGAGAUUUGAUCAUCAUUAAAUACGCCCCAUACCCCGCUGACGCGUCCUAUCCAAUUCGAGUGGCAGGAAACUUCGUGUCCCAACUGCCCUAUCCCAGCGGUUCAGGGUUCUACACGGACUCGUAUAAAGACUCGGAAUCAGGGGAGAGGAUUUUUGUGGCUGCCACUCAGUUUCAAGCUGUCCACGCACGAAAAGCUUUCCCAAACAUCGACGAUCCGGGUCGAAAGGCGAAAUUCCAAGUGAGGCUCGCUACUGCCUCCGGCAAAAAUGCGGCUUCGAAUAUGCCUGUUCUGAGGACAGAUGAACCAGUUCAAGGGUAUCCGGACUACACAUGGUACGAAUUCCCAGAAUCCCCCAUCAUGUCCAGCUACACGUUGGCGUUUUUUAUUUCCGAUUUUGUGGUGGCAACGGUGCCUCCAAGCAAGGUGAGUUAUCCCAUAGAAAUCUACGCCAGACAAAGUCGUUAUAAUUUGGGGUAUACCCAAGGAGCUGAGGAAUUUGUACCGGGCAUUGUGGAAUUCUAUGGGUCAUAUUUCUCGGUGGAAUUCCCAUUGCCCAAGUUGUCUGUCGCAGCCCCGCCCUCCAAAGGAGGUGCCAUGGAAAACUGGGGCAUGCUCCUGAUGGCCGACUUUGAAUUCAUCUUAGAUCAAGACUACAUGGGAGCCAAAGAUUGGGAAGACAGUAUUCCGGUAUUAGCCCACGAGUUAUCUCAUCAAUGGACUGGAAACUUGGUCACGUGCGAUUACUGGAACGAGCUUUACCUGAACGAAGGCCUGACUGAGUUUUUCCAAUAUUAUGGAACGGAUGCUGUGGUACCUCAGCUUAGAAAUUGGGAUCGAUUCGUUCGAACGGAGACGUUUUUGGGCCUUCGAGAGGGCGAACUACCCACAUCCAGUCACCCCAUUAUACAAGAUCCGGACCUAGAGCCUUCGUUGUACGCUUUCGAUGGAACCACCUACCGGAAGGGAUCUUCUCUCUUCCGAAUGAUUGAGUCUGUAUUAGGCAAAAACACCUUCAAGAAGGGUCUUCAAAACUACAUGAAGGCCCAUCAGUUUGGCAACACAAAAAGUGAUGACCUUUGGGACAUGUUGGAUGGAGCCGCCUCUGAGGACGGAUCUUUAACCGGGGGCAUCACUGUAAAAGAGGUCAUGCACACGUGGACCCUUCAGCGAGGUCAUCCCAUUGUUAACGUUGCGACAGAUUUUACAUCUGGAAUGGCAACUCUUGAGCAAACUGAACUGCCCAUGGAUGUUGGGAAGAAUUACAAGUGGUGGGUACCAAUCACAUUUGGCAGAACCAGGCCUGGCUCUGGAAAUUUCAAUCAGACCAAAAACGGCCUUUGGCUCAGCCCAGACGAGCCAGCAUUACAAAUUGACAUGGGCACUGACGAUGACUCUUGUUUCAUCAUCAACAACCAAUAUACGGGAGUGUUUCGAGCUAACUACGAUGAUGAAAAUUGGUUGCGAAUCUCCGAAACUUUACUAAACAAUCUUGAGGCCAUUCCUCCUCUAAACCGUGCACAACUUAUCCAUGACUCCAUUUUCCUGGCACAACAAGGGCUAGUCGAUUAUAGUAUCCCGAUUCAAAUCACUGAUUAUUUGUCCCAAGAAACUGAAUACGCACCAUUCCAAACGGCUGUUGCUCUUUUGGAAACCAUCAUGCUUAAAUCCGCUCCAAAAGCAGAUGAAGCAGAGCUCAUAGAAAGUAUGUACACCAGCAUAAAACGCAUUUACGAUAGACUUGGUCUCGGCGAACAACCCAAUGUGGAUCUAUUGGGUCAUCUCCAGCAUCGGGCCUUAGUACAAGCUCUCAUCAACUACGGGGACUCGGAUGUACUUGAAGAUGUUCAAAACGCCUUCCAGGCCUGGAUGGACAGCUCCACACCAGAUGAGGUGGCUGGAAACCCAAUAAAUCGACAUAUCCGAUCGCCAAUUUACUGCUCAGCUCUUCGACAAGGUGGGCUCGAUGAAGUGAGAUUCAUCGAGGAUCGAAAGGCAAACACGGUGUCGCCCCAAGCCACGAGGGAUUUGAAUCGGGCCUUGGGUUGUGCUGCCACUCGUUCGGAUGAUGCUUUGGAGCAAUUUCUCCAAGAUCCAGCCAACCAAGUAUCGUUCGGGUCGACCUUGGAAUCAAGCCAAACGGAAUUUAUCUUCAAGGACAAGAACACUCGCAAGAUAUUGAUGAAAUGGAUUCUUCGGCACCAAAACAUGAUUGAAUCACUGAGCGAUGAAAUAUUCAGUCAAACCUUGAAUAUUUAUUCCGAAUUCGCUGAUUCUCAAGAAGAAUUGAACCAUCUUCAAGAGAUUAUGAAGUGGCAGACAGUGCCUUCUGUGGAAAGAUUGAACAUGGUUGCUUCGAAUAUCCAGCACAGAAUGUCACCUGGGAGUCAUCCCGAGGCUUCUAUGACAGAAAAAUAACGUACCUACCUCACAAUGGUAUAUCCCCUCCCCCCUCCAAUACACAACUAGUUCCCAAUUCUACAAUGAUA